UUACAUUGACGAAAUUUUUAGGCGGUGGAUUUGAGAACAACGUGAAGACUAUGAUGAAGGCGGCAAUUUAGAAGUUGACAACACUCACUGUGUCACUUUCGUGGUCCGGCGAUCCGUAAUUUCUGUAAAAUGCGUGUGAUACACUAACCGGGCCGAUUUAUUCGAUAGACACCGACAUUUGUGUGAAUUAUUAAGGUUUCCAGCUGGUCAAAAUAACCCUAGUUGGAAACCCGGCUCUUAUAUCAACGUGGGUCCUCGGUGCGAUUUAACAUCGACCAGCAAGGAAACACCCAAACAAAAUCUUCCAGGACCUUAGAUACAAUGGCUGAGUCGGAGGAUUUUAACGGAAUUAUUGCUCCGGACACAUUUAUGGAGACUUUGCUGAAAUAUGGACUGUACAUAGGCGCAGUGUUUCAAUUAUUCUGCAUAGCAGCUAUUAUUGUCAUUCCUGAAAAAUAUUUGGACACAUCCAAAGAUGAAGGUACAGAUGAAGAUUCUAACCACAGCAGUCCUCACAACACACCCAGACGGCCGCAUGGUCAUCAUCGGAGAAAAGGCGACAAGAAGAAAAGACGAUGAAAUGAUGAGCUUAACGGGCUAAAGAUUUUCAUAAAAUAUUGCUUCAAGAAUGCUGUGGAAAAUGUAAUGUAUGGCAGCUUGUCCUAAAUGAUAAUUAUUUACAAUUAUUUAUGCACUGAUGUAUGGAUCAGACAACAGUCUGAAUGUAAAAUGCGAUACUACCGCCUGAAUCGGCAAACGUAAGCUGUUGGAAAUUGACUACAUUGUUAGCUUUCCAUAGUUAAGUAUUACACUACUAGUCAUUCAUAUUUUAAAUGAAAAGAAAUGUUCAAUUUUAAUUGAAUCCAAAUGAGUCAACAAUAAAGGAAAUGCAUGAUAUGGUGGAAA